AUGGGUGAAGUUACAAAAUCGGAUAUCGAAGCUCUCACGGCAGCGUUUACCGCUGCCACCAAUACCAUGAACAAUCGGAUGGAGCAGCAGAUUGGAGAAAUUCGUGGGUUGUUGGGAGAGAGAAACAACCACAACAACAACGAUCAGAAUAGAGGCAGGGAAGGAGGCCAGGGAGUUAGGGCUCCACCUAGAGAGGUUGUUGUUCAUACUUCAGAAUCUGAGUCUGAAGAAGAGAUCGUGCAAGAUGAACCUCAAGGACAAGCUGACCAAGAUUACAAAGUUAAGCAUGUUGCAUGGAGAUUGAAGAGUACUGCUGCAGUUUGGUGGGAUAAAUUGCAGAACACUCGAAAGAAGCAGAGGAAGCAGGGUGUUAAAACAUGGCGAAGAAUGAAGCAGUUGAUGAUGGAGAGGUUCUUGCCGGACGAUUAUGAGCAGAUUUUGUAUAGGUUGUAUAUUGAAUGUGUCCAGGGAACCAGGACAGUGGCUGAUUACACCGCUGAGUUCUUACGCUACUCAGAGCGUAAUGAAUUAGGCGAAACUGAGGGGCAGAAGGUGGCUCGAUAUGUCAGUGGGCUGAAGCCUUCCAUUCAGGAGAAAAUCUGGUUGCAAACUGUUCAUACUAUGGCAGAAGCUUCAAACCUAGCAUUGAAGGCAAAAUUGUUAGAGAAGCCUUCACGAGCUUCUUCUUUCCAGAGAUAUAACUACCAAAGGAGCACAGAUUUAGUAAACGCCGCAACUGACAAGGGUAAACCCACACUGCAGAAAACAGAACUGCAGAAGACAGAAGGUGCUUUUAGGGCUUCCAAUCCUCCUUUUAAAGGAGCUGGCAGUUCCAGUGGUGCUCAAAACAGGGCCCCGAACCAGAGGUUUAAUAACCCCUAUGCUAGGCCUACAAUAGAAGUUUGUUAUCGCUGCAACAAGCCUGGUCAUAGAUCUAAUGUAUGCCCUGAGAGGAGAACUGCCCUUAUAGACGAUUAUGAUGAGGAAGAAGAAGAAGUUGGAAGAGAUAGCGAUUAUGAUGGGGCUGAGUUUGCGGAGGAGGAAUCUCCUGAGAAGGUUAAUAUUGUGUUGCAGCGGGUUCUACUAUGUCCUAAAGAAGAGGGGCAGCGGCGCAAUAUUUUCAGGUCACUUUGUUCCAUUAAUAACAAAGUGUGCAAUUUAAUUGUGGAUAAUGGAAGCUGCGAAAAUUUUGUAGCCAAGAAACUGGUGGAGUAUUUGCAGUUACCUACGCAGCCUCAUGAGACACCUUAUUCCCUCGGGUGGGUCAAGAAAGGUCCACAAGUUCGAGUUGUGGAGUCCUGCAAAGUACCGGUAUCCAUUGGCAGGGACAAUGUGAUGUUGUUUAUGUGGAAUAACCAUAAAAUUGCUAUGGCUCCUGUUUGUCAAUUUGAGAAAUCUGGUGUGAAGAAAGGGGAGAGUUUCCUGACCUUGUCUGGCAGUGAACUUGAGAUGGAGAGGGCCUUUAAAGAAUCUGAGGUUUUCUGUCCAGUGGUGAUAAAGGGGUUGUUAUCUGCAGAAAAGGAAGAAGUGGUGAUCCCCAAGGAAGUGCAGGACAUGUUGGGGGAAUUUGAAGAGCUGAUCUCGGACGAGUUGCCCGACGAACUGCCACCUAUGAGAGACAUUCAACAUCAGAUUGAUUUAGUGCCUGGAGCUAGCUUGCCCAAUCUACCACAUUACCGCAUGAACAUGCUUGAUGAGCUAGAGGAUUCCAAAGUGUUUACCAAGAUAGACCUUCGAAGUGGAUAUCACCAUAUUCGAAUCAAGCCAGGAGAUGAAUGGAAGACAGCUUUUAAGAGCAAGGAUGGCUUGAGGUUUGUGAAAAACUUCAGUACCAUUACUGCUCCUAUUACUGAAUGCUUGAAGAAAGGCAAAUUCCAGUGGGGAGAGGAACAAGAGAAGAGCUUUGCCUUGAUCAAAGAGAAGCUUUGUACUGCACCAGUUCUCGCUCUUCCUAAUUUUGAUAAGGUUUUUGAGGUUGAAUGUGAUGCUAGUGUGUUCCGAGCAUUGAGGCAAUGGGAGCACUACCUGAUUCAGAGAGAAUUUGUACUGUUCACGGAUCAUCAAGCUUUGAAGUACCUUAAUAGUCAGAAAACUGUGAAUAAGAUGCAUGCAAGGUGGGAGUUGUAUGAGGAAGAUACUGAUUUUAAGGAGAUCUGGACCAAGUGCAUUAGCAAUAAUGCAGUUGCAGAUUUUUAUGUGAAUGAAGGAUAUUUAUUCAAAGGCAAUCGUCUAUGUAUCCCUAGUUCUUCAUUGCGAGAAAAAUUGAUUAGAGAUCUGCAUGGAGGGGGAUUGAGUGGACACUUGGGCCGAGACAAAACUAUUGCUAGCCUUGAGGAGAGGUAUUUUUGGCCACAGUUGAAAAAGGAUGCAGGAACUAUCAUGAGGAAGUGCUAUACCUGCCAGGAUCUUGCUAUGGAUUUUGUGCUGAGAUUACCCCGUACCCAAAGAGGUGUGGAUUCUGUGUUUGUGGUAGUUGACAGGUUCUCUAAGAUGGCGCACUUUAUAGCUUGUAAGAAAACUGCUGAUGCGUCCAAUAUAGCCAAACUAUUUUUCAGGGAGGUGGUGGAGUUUGCUUAUAACAGUGCGGUGCAUAGUGCAACAGGGAAGUCCCCAUUCUCCUUAGUUUAUACUGCUAUUCCUCGACAUGUGGUGGAUUUGGUAAAGCUUCCUAAAGUUCCUGGUGCUAGUGUUGCUGCUGAAAGUAUGGCCAAGGAUGUGCAGUUUGUUCGCGAAUCAAUUAAGGCCAAGUUGGAACAAACUAAUGCAAAGUAUAAAGCUGCAGCUGACAAGCAUCGACGAGUUAAAGUAUUCCGGGAAGGUGAUGACGUGAUGGUGUUUCUGAGGAAGGAGCGAUUUCCUGUUGGUACCUAUAACAAGUUGAAGCCCAGAAAAUAUGGCCCUUUUAAGGUGGUGAAGAAGAUCAAUGAUAAUGCUUAUGCUGUUGCACUUCCAGAUUCAAUGGGCAUUUCUAACACUUUCAAUGUUGCUGAUCUGCAUGAGUUCCGUGAAGAUGAGGCUCUUUAUCCUGAAGAGAACUCGGGGUCGAGUUCUUCGGAGGUGGAGGAGACUGAUGCAGAACAGAUGACAGUCCAAUUUGAAGAACAAUUGGAUCACCCAUGA